AUGAAUAAACAGGAUGCUACAACAAACCAUCACGCUAAGCAAACUUCUACCGCUCCUCGAUUCUCAUCAAGACAAGUUGAAUCGAUAGCAGGACUAUGUGCUGGGUUUGCAACGACAAUUAUAACUCAUCCCCUCGAUAUCAUCAAGAUACGACUUCAAUUAUCCAAUACUGCUGCACACCACAAUGGUACUACUAGCAGCAAGCCAUUCCAAUCAGUAUUAUACAUCAUCCGGCAAAUCAACCACGAUGCGAGAUAUCAAGCACAGAAACAACAACAACGUAACCCAAGAGGAGCUUCUUUUUUACGCAAAUCCGUCGGUGUCAACUAUUUAAUUCAAUAUUAUCGCGGAAUCACCCCGAAUUUGAUUGGAAAUAUAUCAGCAUGGGGUUGUUAUUUCGCCCUUUAUGCUGAAUUCAAGAAUCACAUCCAUACCCUGAACUUGACAAUAAAUUAUUUUGCUAGUUCUUCAAUGGCAGGGAUCUUGACUUCAAUAUUGACCAACCCGAUUUGGGUGCUCAAGACGAGAAUAAUUGCCAAAUCCACAAAUGAAGCUGGUGCAUACAAGUCAAUUUCCGAUGGAAUACGAACCAUGGUUCGUAAUGAAGGUGUAACUAGUUUUUGGAAAGGGUCUAUACCGAGUAUGUUUCAAGUUUUCCAAGCAAGUUUGCAAAUUACAAUUUAUGACCAUUUGAAAAAUUAUAUCUUUAAGAAUAGAUUGGUGUCAAGUGGUCAAAAACUGGAUUUUGGCGCACUUGAAGGGGGUGAUGGCAAUGGUGUCGUGGCUUCUCAUUUAUCAACAACACAAUACUUGUAUACAUCAGCACUAUCAAAGAUUAUAAGCACAUUGGUGAUGUAUCCAACCCAAGUUAUCAAAUCACGAUUACAAAAUAGUCAUCAAUCAAGUACAACUAUAUUGCAAGUCACUCGUAACUUGUACUUCAAUGAAGGUGGACUACGUGCAUUUUAUAAAGGUUUAAGUGCAAAUAUUGUUAGGGUUGUUCCUGCUACAUGUAUCACUUUUGUAGUAUAUGAACAUGUGAAACGAAUUUUAACAGAAUAA